UUUCGCUUUCCCGCAAAAACAGAGCACCCCAGUCUCUCUCUUCCUUCCUCUCUAAACUAUUGCCUCUUGGUAUUUGCUGUUCCUUUCUCUAGGAGAAGGAAAAAGGAAAAAGGAAAAAGGAAAAAGAAAAAAGAAAAAAAAAAGAAAAAGAAAAAGGAAAAAUGGUGGGAUGCAGAAUACGACUGCCACCGACGCCAUGUUAGUUUGUCUUUGACCUCCUUCUCAAAUCGAAUCAGCCUUGAGCCCACUUGACGCGUCUUAUUCUCUGCACGUCAAUGCAAAUUAGGGAUCAUUGCCGGGAAGAAUCAUGCUAAUGUAGUGUUCUUAUUAAGAAUCUUGGAGUUGGGUAUUGAGGAGGGGCUCUGCUUAUUACCAAUGGGUGUGGGUUAUUUAGCAAUUUCAGCAGUGUCCACAGCUCUGAGCUUUGUGGGUCUACAAUGUUGGACAGAACUGUCGGUGGACAAACUAAAAUCAGAUGGCUUAAUAAUUAGUGAAAAUUUUAUUAGCCUAGACAAUGCCAACCGUGCUCUUGAGUUGCUGCUGGAUUCUUAUGCCACUACUGGAAUGUUGGCAAAUUUUUUAUUUAAUGCAUUCAUUCUACUCAAUCUUUGUCUUAAGACUAUUUUCUUUGUGGAAUUAUACCCUGCUGAAGCUCGAAAACUGAUGGAACGUCUUAUUAAUUAUGUUGUUUACAAGGGAACGUUUCUGCCAUUGGUGAUUCCAGCAACAAUAUUUCAAGUAGGCUUGUGGUCGAUCUGGUUGAUUGUUCUUUGUUCUUUAAAGAUGUUUCAAGCUUUGGCAAGAGAUAGACUUGAACGUCUGAAUGCAUCUCCUUCUGCAAUGCCAUGGACUUAUUUUCGUGUGUAUUCAGCACUGUUAUUGGUCCUUUCAGUUGACUUCUUCUGGAUUAGGCUGUGUUUGGUGAUAUACAAAACAUUGAAUUCAUCCAUUUUUCUGCUAUUGUUCUUUGAGCCCUUCAGUAUUGCAUUUGAGACUAUGCAGGCAAUGUUGGUACAUGGAUUUCAGUUGCUUGAUAUUUGGCUUUAUCAUUCUACAGGGAAUAGCACAAAUUGUCAAAGGCUCAAAUUUUUUGAUGCAGUAGCUGCAGUGCAAGUAAACCUGCAGUUGGUGCAAUCCAAACUUGGGUCUACUGGCACCUAUUUGCGCGUGUGUAGAUCAAUUAUGCCAUUCAAAGCUGCUUUCUGCAUGCACUGUGUUGUGGCCAGCAAACCCUUGCUUCAAAGUUCAUUGUCUGAAUGGAAAAGCAUUCUUAUCCGGAACUUAGGAUUUUCCCUUGACAUGGCAACUUUGUUAAUGGCACUUGGUCAUUACAUGCAUAUAUGGUGGCUUCAUGGCGUGGCACUUCAUCUAGUGGAUGCAGUCCUUUUUUUGAAUAUACGUGCCUUGCUUAGUGCGAUUAUAAAGCGUGUAAGAGGAUAUGCUAAACUAAGAACAGCUUUAGGUGCUCUUCAUGCUGCACUUCCAGAUGCAACAUCUGAAGAGCUACGAGCAUAUGAUGAUGAAUGUGCUAUCUGCAGGGAACCUAUGGCUAAGGCAAAGAAGCUAUAUUGCAGACACCUUUUUCAUCUUGCAUGCUUGAGAUCCUGGUUGGAUCAGGGUUUAAAUGAAUUGUAUUCAUGUCCCACUUGCCGAAAGCCACUUUUUAUAGGCAGACCUGACAAUGAAGCAAAUCAUCAUGGUGGAGACAUUUUAACUGAUGAACAGCUUGCUCGUCAAUUAAGUGAAAGGCUUGAUCAGCAAACACCACCUAUUCUACCUGCUGGUGUAUUCCCAAAUCAGACUCGUGCUUCCAUAGAAGGCAGCCCUUGGAGAACAGCAGGUUUAGAUUCAAGUUGGCUGCACGCUUGGCCUGGCCAGGGAGUAGAUGGAGCUGGUCCCUCUACUGCUGUGAGAUCAGUGGGACUUGGGAGAGUUCAAAUGAUGAUGAGACAUCUUGCAUCUGUUGGAGAAACCUAUGCGCAGACUGCCCUUGAGGAUGCUGCUUGGACUCUGUGGCCCAUGGAUCCUGCUCAAGCUGUUGCAUCUGGGUCUUCUGUCACUCCUACCACUGUUGGAAGAUCAGGUGGAGGUUCUGGAGGCUUACACAUAAGGACUGCCACACGCUCUGCAAGUGACAAUAUAGUAAACAUGCUUGCCAUGGUUGAGACAGUACGGGAAGUUUUGCCUCACAUUCCAGAUGAGGUGAUACUUCAGUGCAUUAAACUUUGCAGGACUUGCAGCGAACAAAUUCUGUGACAGUUACUGUGAACAAUCUUCUCCAGAUGUGAAAUGGGUAAAUGUCAUGACAUGGUUUAAUGUGCUUCAAGUAGUCAAACCUGUCCUCUGUACACCAAAUAUCGGAAGGUCUGAAGCUGUGCUCUAAUCGAGCUCGUUCAAUGACCCCCCAACCGUUUUCUUUUCAUCUCAUUUUUGCCUUUUUUUCAAACAUCAACAAGCUUCAUCCUGUGUAUAUAUCAAAUGUUUAUUUUAUAAAAGAAGGGAAAAAAGGGCAAAUUAUACCGUA